GCCAAAUCGUCAAUCUACCAGCAACAACACAUCCACCUCACCUCUCUCUCCAAGUCAAUCAAGCAAAUCCCAUCAAGAUGGUUGUUAUGUACAAUAUCGCCGGUCGCCAGAUCGCGUCUCACUGGCUCUCGAUCGCCACGCUUUCGAUCACCUUUGGCGGUGCUGCCCUCGCUAUGGGCGGGAAGAAGGUUGAGAAGACCACGACUCCCCCGCUCAACGCGAAGAACAAUGAUGAGGAGAAGUUCAUCAAGGACUUCUUAGCCGACAUCGAUUCCUCGGAGAAGAAGGGACAGAAGGCUUAGACGGAGAGUGGAUUGGAAAGAGGAUGUUACGGCCCGACGAUGCGUCCGACGACUGGAACAAUAUCGAUGUGUACAUAUAAGCUGUAUUCAUGAAUGCAUAGAAGGGUGUCUACAAUAUUUCCGUGAAUCUCUCCUCGCGCUAGAGGUGGUGAUGGUGUGACUACAUUUCGCGAUAUAUACGCACUGGACAGAACAGGAGUGACAAUCGAUAUGUGUCUUGAUUUGCACUGGGUGUCUGUGGGAGAGAUGGGAUUCUUUUGAGGGAUGGG